GUAGAUAAUUUAAUUUGGAUCUUUCCAUCAAGAAUAUUGGAGUAGUAAGGAAACUCUUAGCAAGCAAGCAAUAGCAAGCAAGCAAUACGAUUGAUAUCAUACUAUUUCGAAGGACUCCUACAUUACUAUCUUGUCUACAAAAUACAUAAAACGAAAUCACAUCAGGAUUCUUUCAACCGGCGGAAUUCAAAAGCCUAAUCUUAUUACUAGGUGUAAAUCUUUAGUCCAGCCUUACAGCUCCAGAGACUAUCGAGCUAAUCAGCCCACCUUAAUAAGAACCAAACAAACCAAACGAGCCAAGAAGCUUCCAAUUCCACCAAACAUACCUACCUAACUACUUACUCAAGCUGAACACACCAGAAAUAUCUAAACAUCAUCUCAUAACACAAGGUUCAACAUCAAGAUGUCAUCUACACCUACGUUAAUCGGUAUGCCCGAGCCACCAUCAAAUGUUGAUACUCCAGUCGAUGCACCAGGAACUCCCAACUCAACCACCACAUCCCUCUCCGCCCUCUCUACUACCGCCAUCAAAGAUGGACAACGCGGCUCCGCCCAUCCUACCGCAAGUUCCCACCACCAACACACCCUCUCUAGCAAUACUCUCGAAGCACAACGCGCGGAUCGAAUUUCCCGUCUCGCAGGUCUCGAACGAGUCACCACCGCAACCCCUCAAAACCCCAGCGGUAACACCUCUAUCCCCGUAACCGGUCAGAUCCCAGGCUAUUUCGAUCAAGCCGGAAAUCCCGUCUACACAACCCGCAUGUCUACGGUCGGUUCUGCAUCCGCGACUGGAUCUCUCACCGGUCGGACAACCACAUGGGCAUCUAAUAGUGCGAAGGGACAAACGGAAGCCGAUGAUGAUGAAAUGAGCAUGGAUAACAACUUCCGGGAAAUCGAUGAUCGGGAUCGAUUUUCCGCAUCUGCUAUGGAUGAAGAAGGCAACGAGGAUGGAAUGAGCGACGAUACGAGUUUAGUCGGAUUUGGCGAAGGAGCCGGAAGUACCGUCAGCGGACCAAUAUACAGCCGGAGUAAUCUCCUCGCGAGUCCUCUCGCCGUCGGAAAAAGCGGUCUAGCAAAAGAAGUCUCCAGCAGCAAUCCCGGCACUCCCGUCAGCGCAUCGACAUCCACAACCACGGAGCAGCAAAAACGCGAUGCGAGAAUGCUAGAUGGAAUUACGGAUGAUAAUACCAGCGGAUAUGUAGACACGGCUGCGAGGGGUCAGGGGGUAGGAAUUGCCGGAAAUCGCAAUUCGACCGGUUCGGGAUUGGGUACAGGAGUAGGUGCCGAAGCUGCAGAGAAGAUCCUGAAAGAGAGGAUUGAGGAUAGUCCUUCUGCCGCGAGUAGACCUCCGCUUGGGAGUCCCGAUCAAGCGGGUCUUGGAAAGUUUUAUUUCGAGGAGAAGAAGUAAGGAUUUCUUUUCCUAACAAAAAUCGAUAUUGAGAAUUGUAUGUGGGAUAUGUGUGGAACGAGUGCAUCGAAUUGUCCAAAGUGAGCAUCGUUCAAUAUUGGCGGGCGUUGACGUGUUGUCCUUUUUUUUCUUCUUCUUUUCUAUGUAUGGGUACCUAUGAUUUUGGCUGGGCUAGGCUGGUCUGGUCUGAUAGCGGACGGAUUGGGGACAAUGGAGGGGGAAAGGGAGCGGGGUUCUGGGGAGAUUAUUAGGAGAUU